ACUGUCCUUGUGUUUUCACAAACCAAUCGGGCUCUUCACAAACGUUGGCUAAUUACAAGUUAAUGAUGUGGCGAGUGCACUACCUUCUCGGCGGAAAAACAAGAGAAGGCCUGUAAUGAUAAUGUAUCGAUCUAUUAUUUCGCCUACGAAAGACAUUAACAUUUUAGUGUUCAUUUACAGUGUACGUAUCCAUAUUCUCAGCUUGGAUGACAGCGAAUUAUAUCUACAGAAGCUACAAAGCUUGAAACCUCUGGACAACCUUUGACCUUUGUGACGUCACUACAUCGCGUUCAUCAGUUUAUACAUGCUUUUUCCGCGGAAGGCCCACCGCUUGAGAAGGAAGCUAGCGCGGGAAAUAUCAGCGAAGGUCUUGGCACAGUCUCCCUUUGGGUCGGCAUUCGGUUUCAUAUUGCUUGGGUUGGCGUAUCGCUGCUUCACACGGGGUUUAUUCGUCUGCUUGUGUUAGCUGUGUCGUGCACGCGCACAUUGUCGUCUGCUUGGAACGUUUGAUUUACCAGACGACAGCAUGGAUUUCCCUGAAGAGACAGCUAAAGUGAACACUCACGUAAGUGUAUCGCCCCAACCCGAAGGAACCACUGGACUUUUGGGGAACGUGAAAAGAUGCGGCUUGAAAUGCUUGAGGGGCUCCAAGGAAAAUUUACUUUUAAUUUUGCUACUGUGUUCUGUGCUCCUCGGAGUGGGGAUCGGGUUUGCAGUUCGAAGUGCAAGACCCGAUUUCUCGAAAAGAGAAAUUAUGUAUUUGAUGUUCCCUGGUGAAAUUUUAAUGCGAAUGUUACGAAUGUUGAUUUUGCCGCUAAUCAUCUCCAGUUUGAUUGCCGGAAUUGCUGGAUUGGACGCCAAAACAUGCGGGAAAAUGGGUCUUCGUACCAUUGCAUAUUUCGCUACAACUACAGUCAUAUCCGUUAUUAUGGGUAUCAUUAUGGCUAUUGCUAUUAGACCAGGAGGCGGGGCCAACCGGGCCAAACUUAAGAGGUACGGUACUGCGGCCAAGGUCAACUCCGUCGACACUUUUCUGGACCUCGUGAGGAAUCUUUUCCCGGAUAACCUGAUCACUGCCUGCUAUAAUGCGUACCGGACAAAAGAGGUUGAGGUUCCCAUCGAGAAGAAGGUCCUCAGCAUUAACAUCACCAACAUCACGGGGACGACGGAGGCGUCGACGGCUUACAAUGUAGUAACGGAGAUCUCUGCUGCUUUGAACGGUACAAAUGAAACUGAACCAGAAACAGAAUGGGUCCCGGCGCCAGGGAGUACAGGCCAGACGAACGUGUUGGGGAUUGUCAUGUUCUCCAUCCUGUUCGGAGUGAUGCUGGGACGGAUGGAGGGUCGGGGGAAGCCCAUCCUGGACUUCUGCAACACGCUCGUAGAGGUCACGAUGAAGCUGUUUGUCAUCUUUAUAUGGUAUUCUCCCGUGGGUAUCGCCUUCCUCAUCGCAGCUAAGAUCGUUGAGAUGGAAGAUUUCGGGGUUCUGCUUGGAAAGGUCGGGCUGUACUUUAUCACAGUGCUGUGUGGUCUGGCCGUGCAUGGCGUCGUGGUGCUGCCAGGGCUCUACGUCCUCUGUACGCGGCAAAACCCAUACAGGUUCAUUUACGGCAUAUCUCAAGCUAUGGCCACUGCAUUCGGGACAUCAUCGAGCUCGGCAACUAUGCCCGUGACAUUACACUGUUUAGAGCACAAUAACCACGUGGACCCUCGAGUCAGCAGUUUCGUCAUCCCAGUCGGUGCCACGAUAAACAUGGAUGGUACCGCGCUCUACGAGGCUGUAGCUGCACUCUUCAUUGCCCAAGUCAACCACAUGUCUAUGGACUUUGGAAAGGUUGUCACUAUCAGUAUCACAGCCACGGCAGCAUCCAUUGGAGCCGCGGGGGUCCCUCAGGCUGGCUUGGUUACCAUGGUGAUUGUGUUAUCAGCAGUGGGACUCCCUGUCGACGACAUCACUCUUAUUCUUGUCGUUGAUUGGUUCUUGGACCGGUUUAGGACAAUGAUCAACGUAAUGGGAGACAGUCUUGGUGCGGGCCUGGUCUACCAUCUAUCCAAAGACGAGUUACCUCCCUUAGAGCACGAGAUGUUCGACACCAACCCCGAGAAGGUUCCCAACGGCCACGAGGGCAACGCCAUGACUGCUGUGUAAAGGAAGUGACGUCACGCACCGCAUGCGUAUAAACAAUAUGCAAUGUCUCCAACUGCCAUGUUGACCUUCUGUCAAAACGAAAGCAGCGAAAAACGAAAGAUGAUUGCUGUGCGCAUGUGCGUACACAUAUUGCUUAUUCGCGGUGCCGAAAGUCAGAAAGAAGUGCCCCUCGAAGGAUAUCGAUGUUAAAUGAUAGGUAAACGGAAUGAUUUGUUGCCAGAUCCCCUCAAUCAUGCAGGGAGGUAGAAGAGAAAGCCAACUAGUUUUCUAUGCAUCUAGGCAAGGCUAGUCUAGGUUCAGUCCAGGUUUUGAUAACAGUCUGUCAUUUCCCGCAAAGGCUAAACACAGUGAACUCUCGUUUUCUCGAAAUCGGGAAAAUAAAUACACCGAGGCAUGGACAUGCAGUAAAAGCCGCGAGGUCAUUUCGAGAUGAGAAUUAAUUUGAAAUGUGUAAGUUCGAGAUAGCGAGAGUCGACUGUUGCACGCAAAGAGGGUCUUAACAAGAAACUUCCCAGGGCACCUCAGGGAAUUUACACUGUAAUAUCAAAGCUGCAUUUUGCAAUUAUAUUGAUAACCAUUUGUAUAAACCGCCAAGGGCAUCAGGUAAUGACUUCUGGAGGUAUUGCUUUUUUUGUGUUUUAUUGAUUUUUCGUAAUAUCGUUUACUAAUUUCAACUUUCUUAUUCUAGCUGCAAAACUAAAUUCAAACAUGUAUCAUAAUGUCUAGGACACACGGCCUAGGACGCCUGUGUAAAGUUUUAAAGAUUUAGUCUGGCAGUGAUAUGGAGACUGCAUCUGCAUUUAAAACCUGUCUUUUCAUUUACCGCUCAGUUCUUGUUACCAUAUCUACAUAUGCUAGGCUCCGUUUGUUUCAAUUUAAAGAAAGUUGGAUAAGCAUGCUUUUAGAUGCAGACGCGUUCAUUUUCACUGCAUUUGUCAAAGUAAAAGGGGCUAUGAAAACCUUCUAAAGAAUAUAUUGUUUUUCGAGGCGAACUGAAUGCACAUUUUGAAAUACGGCAAACUUUGUAUGCCAAAUGGUCAUGGAUUGGGAGAAAUGUCAAAUACGGUUGUACUGAACACGUUCAAUACGGUUGUACUCAAUACGGUUGUACUCAAUACGGUUGUACUCAAUAAUAGAUAUGGUUGUGACGUCAUACACAACGACGUAGAUGCCACGGAACAUAUGAAUAUUAUUUCUAUGAUAUUUUUAUCUGCUUUCAAUGGAAGUUUUCAUUGUUGAUAUUUUAGAUAUAUGAAUUUUACUAUCAUUUCUUCAAUAUUUAUAUGCGUCUAUGUAGUUGUAAUAUCAUACUUGCAAAAGUAAACCAAUUAUAUUUUCCCCUGAUAUUUUUCGAAGAUUGAAACUCUUCCAUUGGCAAAAAGGUUGUGAAAAUAUUAUUGGAAGUAGCUAUAUACUCAUCAAAGACCAUUAAAUCACCCCAUAGCUUUGUUUUCUGGAACAUCCUCCUUGGCUUUGUUAACGUCGAGUUUAGAUGAAUCAUACAUAUUUAGAAUGUCUUUAGGCCAGAAUACUGUCUCCAUCAGAUUCCAUAUGUCAUAUUGCUGUCAUUAGAACACUUGUUACAUGAAGAUAAUGUAGACAGAUAAAGGUCCUUCCGAUUGAUAGUUUAAAAAAUAAAAAAAAUAAACAAUAAACAAAAGUCCAUUUCCAAAGGUUCUUCUUUAUGAAAAGUCACCAAAUGUUAAUAUUUCGGAAUAUAUGUCGCUCCAGAGCACGUCACCAUCUAUUCUAUUGUCAUAAUAUCGUUAUACAUGAUCUCUUCUUGAGGGUUUCAUGACGGAAACAGUUUGCAAUGUGUUUGUUAUGGUCAUUCAUUUGAUUAAAGUUAAUUAAUGAUUACAUGUAUGUAAUGAAGCGAUGCCUUCUUAUGUUUAGACAAUCAAACCUUAACUCAAAGAAAUUUCAAAUUUUCCAAACUCAAAAUUGAAGUUUACUUCGGCAGUUUGUAAAAAAUGUUUCAUUGGAAAACACAUUGAAUCAUGUUCCAAUAGGUCAUGUGUUGUUUCUAUUUUUUCUUGUUGUGUGUGUUAUUACAGAAAUCCGUUAUUAAUAAUUAUUAAUAAUUGUACAUAUAUUUGUACUCGGAAUAUUCAGUGGAAUUACCAGCAUUCUCUCAAACAUUAGAAUUUAUACGUUUAUAUGGUGUUUACCGUUACAUUUGCACUAUUGAUAUUAAACCUUGUUAUUUAGAGUUUUUAAGAUACGUUAUUGAGUUAUCACCCAUGUUAUAUUUUGAUAUGUUGACGCAAUUCAGGAUCACCACCCUCAUUGUCGGGGGUGUAUUUACUGUAUAUAAGCAUUGUUUGUCAUUUUUUGUUAUGUCAUACACUAUGUUUGUUGUAUGAGUAAACAUAUACCCUUUUAUCUUGUUAUGAUUUGAAGUAGCACAAAACAAACAAACAACAUUUAAUACAAAUUACAUACAUCGUAUGCAUUGUGUGGUACAUUUCCUCAAAUUACUUAAAAGGACGUUGUCAGGGUGCUGUUCUAAGACCACCCUUGUUUCACGCAAACUUCUCCUGAUAGUAUUACUUCAGAUGUUUCAUAAUAUUGUGUUUGCCUUUAUGUCGUAAGGAAUUAAUUUGGGACUUUGUGCUUGAUUAACACAAAUACAAAGGACCCAUAUACUGAUAUCCUGUAUUGUUGCAAACAACAUGAAACCCUGCACUUUUUUGUGACAAGAGCGUUGCUUAUACAUACAUGUGAUCACGUGAUGGCAAGUUCGAUAGGCCGUCUAGUUUGUGUCAAUCAUCAAAAUGUCAAUAGCUUCGCAAUUUGUCAUUUGUUCUUGUUAGAUUCAUCACUGAAAUACGUCGAAUACCAAGCCGGAUUGUUUGUGUCUUCUCUGCAUUCAAGAAUGUCCUUGAUGUGUAAUGAAACAGCAAUUCACAAAUCUUAUGCUUAGAGUAAUUAUUAUCUACAGAACUAACGGCACAUGUUGCAUGUUUAUUUCUCUUUUAGAUUAUUAGAUUGGUGCUACUUAGAAUUGUUGUUUAUUUUUAGAUCACUCUCUUCAUUCCAUUUAAUGAGCAACAAUUAGUUUACAUUUGUAUAUAUAUUUUCAUAUGAAUGUUACGUUUACUGCACAUUAUAUUUGUAAGUGUUAUUUCAAAUCAAUUUUGUAAUCAUAAUUUGACCAAACCGAUACCAAUAAUAUCCAGACACUUGAAUGACAUUGCAGAUCAUAUGACAUCGCUAACCAUCAUAAAAUUAUGAAAUUAAAAACUGAAAUUAAUAUAAGUCUCUUAAAUGAGACAGUGAUACAAAGCGUACAUUGUCCUUCUAUAAUAUGCCCGAUUUAUCAGCAGAACUUAAAAUAUAAAGUGUUCAGCUUGCGAUGAAAGGAACUGUCAGGAAAUAUAUAAUGUGAAUGGAGCUUGUCAUUGCAGUGAAUAGAUAUGAUAGUAUCAAUGGUUUAGUAUGCGCAUUUCCCAUGGUGUUGUGUCUCCUUCAUCCUGUUCUAGAUUAUGUAGGACUCUGUAGAGUGCAUUAAAGUAUUAAAACGUA